AUGAAUUAAGAGACGAAGAAAUCAUCGCACGAUACAGACUGAGCAGAGAAGCGAUUACGUACCUGAAUGAAACAUUGAGGGUAGAUUUAGAACCGAAGACAAAAAGAUCAAACUCACUCUCAUCUCUUACUCAGGUACAGACUAAAUUAUUUUACGGGUGCAUGUAAAGAAAUGUUCACUGCAUUGUAACCAAUUGAACUGUUGGGAAUCGUCUUUGAUAAACAUGCGUUUUGUAGAUAUGGAUCAAUUUGUGUUUGUAAACAAAAUAAAGUUUAGCUAAAGAAACUUCAGCGUACAGUUUACAUAGUAUUGACAGGCCUGUAUAAAGUCGCGCCAGUCAAAAAUCAUAAAAAGCGACAUUUAAAGUUAUGGUAGCCAGAACUAAAUAAAGUUAUGUUAAGUAUCAUCAAACGAUCCGGCAAAAAUGUUCAUUAUCUAGCGCCAAGUAACAAAAAUGCUCUUUAUGUGUUGCAUCUCAUACAGGUACUGUUGUGGGUUAUGCAUAUAUAUUAUGUCUAUAAACGGCAUAAAGACAUGAACUAUUUAACUGUGUUAUUCGGACGGUGUCAAACUCGGAUUCUAGCGAUACUAUUUGAAUAUUUCUUGGCAAAGGUUCUAAUCGGGCUUCGGUUCUUGAGCAAGGGUGAUUUUUUUUCUGAGGUUGCAGAUAUUCAUGGUGUCAGUAAGCCUACAGCAGCUCGAUGCUUCCAUGUUUUCAUUGAUAGCCUGAAUCGUCGUCUACAUAAUAUCAGAUUCCCAACUGAAAAUGGCGCUAUGGCACUCUCAAAACAAGACUUCUACAGGCGGUGUAGGAUUCCAAACGUUCUCGGUGCUGUGGAUGGGACUUUGGUUCCAAUUCUAGGCCCUUCCGAAAAUGAAGAGGCAUAUAUUUGUAGAAAGGGGUUUCACGCCAUCAAUGUGCAAGCUGUUUGUGAUUCUCGAAUGAAUUUCAUAGAUGUAGUUGCAAAGUGGCCAGGUUCGCAGCAUGAUGCUUCCAUUUUCAACACCUGUGGUCUAAAGGAACACCUGGAAAGAACACAUGCAGGAAUUUUGCUUGGGGAUAGCGGAUAUGGCCUGAGAAGAUAUCUUCUAACACCUAAACAAAAUCCCAUGACAGAGUCUGAAAGGCGUUACAAUAAUUACCAUGCCAGGGGAAGAGUGGUUAUUGAAAGAGCGUUUGGUGUGCUGAAAUCUAGAUUUCGAUGCCUACACAAAUCUGGUGGUGUACUUCCAUUCAACCCUACAAAAAGUUCUCAUGUUGUUGUGGCCUGUAUGAAGCUGCAUAAUCUGUGCAUAACGUUCAACGUGAAGGAACCACAAGAUGCAGUCCAUGUGAAUGAGCUGGCAAAUGAGGAUGUCUUAAAUGAGCAUGAUGACAAUGCGCAUUCAUUUAGACAGGCAAUCAUUAACAUGUUUUGAAUGACUGGUUAUAAGCACGUUGUAAUUUUGUAUAGCUGUAGUUAAACAAUUCAAUUCAAAUUGAUAUGAACUGUUUUGUUUACAUAAAAGUUUACUGUAUUUAUGCCCCCCUUCGAAGAAGAGGGGGUAUAUUGUUUUACACAUGUCGGUCGGUCCGUCCACCAGAUGGUUUCCAGAUGAUAACUCAAGAACGCUUAGGUCUAGGAUCAUGGAACUUCAUAGGUACAUUACUCAUGCCUGGCAGAU